AUGAUCAACACGCUCGUCAGCAUGCCUUUUCUUCGUACUGUCAUGAUAGUAGAAGGCGCACUCAUCGGACUCAGAGACCUGCAGUCCCACGAAACUUUGGCACUCUCCACGAACAAAUGGACAAGUCUCAUGUUCAGGCCAACUCUCUUCGGUCCGAGGAUCGCGUGGCAGGACUUCCUGCAAAACAUUGUGAAUCUGGACAGUCUCGAAUAUAUGUCGUACGAUGCCUGGCGAAUCAAUCUUACAAUCCUCCAAUCCGAGUCUGUGGUGUUGCGUCUCAAGGAGUUGUCUGUUCGCCUAUGGGACAACUUACCGACCAAGCUGGUUCCUAUUUUGGAGCGUGCCCCUGGGCUCCUAGUGCCUUCAGGGCACUUCAACCGUUUCCCUCGGUCACUUCUCAACCUGCGCCUUCAACGGUCGCAAAUAAUUAACAAGCUGGAACCGACAUUCCCGAACGCAGAGCGAUUUAGAUUUGGCGAGGCCAUCGAAUGGCGACGAGAUAGUUCAGGGUCGAGAGAGUGGAGACCAUGCGCGCACUUCCGGACCCUGCUCUUGGAGUUGCUGGUCGAGGAAUACGACGAGAUGCAGGGCGUGGCUGGGUUCCUAGCGGUCUUCCGAGCCGCCAAUAAUUACUGUAAGGACAUGGAAAUGUUAUGA